AUGUCUCAUUCUCAGGCUCGAAGAGACUAUGGCGCCCAGCGAACCCAGGACCUUGACGAUCUAAACCGGCAUGAAAACAGCCAAAGUACCCAAAGCAAUGGCUGGCAUCAUGGGCUAUGUGGUUGCUGCGCUUCGUGCGAGCUUUGCCUGUUGAGCACCUUUGUGCCAUGUAUUGUGCUCGGCCAAACGUCGCAUCGGUUAAAAGAACCUUCCAUGGAAAGCUAUAGGCAUAUCAACCGCGACUGUAUAUUCAUGAUGGGAGUCACCUACUUGACCGGCUUUGGUUGGAUGUACGUCGCCCCAGUCACGAUUUGGUAUGUCAUGCGGAAGCGGUUUGAGAUCCGCAAGCGCUAUGGUAUCAAGGGCACCGACGCGAGAGACUGCUGCGCAUCCUACUGGUGUCUGUCGUCUGCUUUGGUUCAGCAUGAGAGAGAGGUGCUUGCUCGGCAGGCUGCGAGCAACACUCCCAUCACUGAAGGUUAUCAGACCCAACCUGGAAUGACAUUACCUUCUAGACAGAGCCAACCCACUACAUAA